GGGCCCGGGCCCCCCCUCCGCUGACGUCACCGCUGUCUAAAAAAACAGCCCGGCAGGCAGGCGGGGAGCGACAGGGCCGGCGGCACGGCACGGCUCGGCACGGCUCGGCAGGACGCGCCCCGCCGCCGACAUGGUGUCCCCCGUCACCGUGGUGAAGAGUGAAGGCCCCAAACUGGUGCCCUUCUUUAAAGCGACUUGUGUCUAUUUUGUCCUCUGGCUGCCAACUUCCAGCCCUUCCUGGUUCAGUGCCCUCAUCAAAUGUUUGCCCAUCUUCUGCCUGUGGGUUUUCCUUCUGGCUCAUGGAAUUAACUUUUUAGUGGCACACCGGAGUGCCAGCCGCAUCCUAGCAGGACUGAUAUUCUCAGCAGUGGGAGAUGCCUUUCUCAUCUGGCAGGAGCAAGGCUACUUCAUUCACGGUCUGCUGAUGUUCGCCAUCACACACAUCCUGUACUCCUCAGCCUUUGGCAUGAAGCCUUUGGACCUGAAAGCCGGCUUGAUGAUGGGCCUCAUUUCCAGUUCCUGUUAUGCCUUCCUGUACUCCUACCUCUCAGGCCCAUUCACCUACCUGGUAGCUGUCUACAUCGCCUUGAUUGGCUUCAUGGGCUGGCGAGCGGUUGCUGGCAUGCAGCUGUGCAAUGACCUCUGGACAUGGACCAAGCUCUCGGCCUGCAUCGGAGCGAUGCUUUUCAUGGUGUCGGAUCUGACCAUCGCAGUUAACAAGUUCUGCUUUCCUGUACCCUACUCGCGUGUUAUCAUCAUGGCUACUUACUAUGCAGCUCAAAUGCUUAUUGCACUGUCAGCUGUAGAGAGCAGAGAUGAAGAGGACUUCAAAAAGAGGAGCUAGGUGGAGUGCCGACAGUCUGCGAACAAUGUAGGUUACAUCUCAGGUGCUGUAGCUGCAUUCACCCCUGAGAGAGAUCUCCAUUUCUCUAGGCAUAUUGGUGAUGUUGAUUUUGCUUCUUUGAAGCAUUACCUUUGGGGCUUUAUUUUCAAUGGCUUUCUCUGAAUAUAGCUUACUUCAGUGUGGAGUCCACGUCAGAAAGCUUAAGAUUAUCCCUGCAGUAGCUACUCAUUCAAUUUUUCCACCUUGGAAGUGCUGUACUACUGCAUUUUAUUUGUUAGUCUUGAAACUGAUGCUGAACGUCUGGGAAUAAGAGGGCCGAUGGACAAGUUUGGCCACACACUGUGCUAGGAGACUUGCUUUCAAUAGUAGGCAGACAGGCACAGAACUCUGCUAAAGCCAUAGGUAAAAAUGAAUUAAACCAGUGUUUAAGUUAGCCUGAUCUUGUGCAUUACAAACUCAGUACACAAACUGGAGCUAUUUGAGCCUCUGCUGAAAGGAAGCCUGUAGCUAUAGUAAAAACAUCACAUUCAGAUGAGGACUGAGCUUUGCAAUCAAAGGCAGCAUGUGGGGCAGCCCCCAGCGGACCCUGAAUGAAAGCCAAACACCGAGCAGAGAGCCCAGCACAUGAGGUACACAGAGAUGGAGUGCUGUGUGCUUUGAUAGCUGCUGAUCAAAACUCUAGAGCAGGUCUGUGGAUGCCUGCCAGCUCUGCCUGUGCAGUAGAAAUAGUAGCUUGGUGAGAUUUUAGGGUCAUCCAGGUAGGCAGGCCAUUGCAUUCUCCUCUGCUACAUGCGUGCAAUUACAGUGUCAGCAGCCACCAGUGACAACAUGGGCACAUAAGGAACUUUGGUUUUUAUAGCAGGACUUAGAGGAUGUGUCUUACUAAUAUGCGUCCUAUUUGUCUCUAGUACAGCAGAUGGGAAUCUAAUAUUUACACCUUUCUCAGUAUUCUAACAAAUAACAUUCCAUAUACUUAUGAAUCUUUACUGUCCUGCUGCUUGCAGUACCUCUUCUGAAUGUGUGAGCAUUUCCCAUGUCUGAACUGGUUAGCCAGGGCCCUGAUUUUGACAGUAGAUUGUUGUCGUGAUUUGCCAGCUGGUGGCAGAUGUUCAGCUUUGCAGCACUUGUGUUUGGAAACCCCUUUUCAGCAGAGCAUCCUGAAAAGCACAGUUCUGUGUGUUCAAAGUGCCUGCUGCUUCCUUCUUGAACUCACGUGGAUGCACUGAGAAUGUGAGAGCCGUCAGGGCUGGGAAAGCCUGUUUAAUUCUGACCCACAUUCUUUAUUUGUUUUUUCUGCCCAUCUGCUGAAGCAAGAUUACUUCUGACUUCACUCUCUUAAAAAGAUGAGAAAGAGGUUGUUUUUUUUUUUUUAAUACCGGACUGAUUUGUGACCAUGAGUAUAUUUUCUCCUCUUAUUUAGGACAUCUGACAGCAAGCUAUAUUUCCAUUUGAAUCUCUCUUGAAUGUGCUCUUUCUGUCUGUCCAUUCUAGGGUUGUUACUAUGGGCGGAGAUGCUCUCCUAGUUGUUUUUAAGACACAACACGCACAUCCGGGUGCAAAGGGAGUUGUUAGGGGUUCCAACACGUCUUCAACUUGUGGCCAAAAAGGGAUGACCUGACGACAGACUGCAUGGGACCCAAAUCCAUGCAGGUCCUAAUAAACCCUUGCACACUUUUGUACAGGCAGAUUGAACAGGAGGGGCAGCCUUCCAGAUUGUCCUCAUGGGCUGAAAACCACCACGGUCGCCAUACCUCGCAUGCCCAGACCAUUCCAGGCGAAAGCCUGGCACUGAGUCCCUGGCACUGUCAGCAGAGCAGGAAUUCCACUUUCCAAGGAGGGCAGCUGGGAUCAGAGGCCAGCUGAGGAAACAUCAUUAGCUUUUCUGUUGGUGCUGAGAGGUGUUAAGUGGGUCUCGUGUUCCUCUCCAGCCUUCUGUGUUGGGACUGGGCUUGGAAUAGGCAUUGCCUCCCCACAGUAAGUGCAUCAGUGCCAAUGCAACCAGUAUUACAAAAAUCUAGGUUAACCAUCCUGACCCCACGGAAUCAUCUGCUGCUUUUCAGAGAGAUCAGAAAGGUCAGCUGCAUUGUUGAGAGGGAAAGCAUUGUAAAUAGCACAGUCUGGUAUAAUCUCUUCCCUUUAAUGCUGUUGUGUAAUACUGUCAGUAUUCAUUCACUAGUGUGCUGGGGUCUGCCUGGAGUAAACUGCUAAGGGAAUUUAGAGCCAUAAAACAUCUUCAUUCAUCAGCAUUGCUUAUCUCCUGGCCGCAGCUUGAACCCUGCAGUGUAGCUCUUUGCAGAUGUCAGCUGCUGUUACUAAGCUUAACUGUUUGCAAAUCUCUUUCUGCAAAACACUGACCCAGCUAAGAGGAAAUGUAAGCAUUUGGGGUGAACCCCACCAUUCUUCCAGCACAUAAGCAAAGAGCAUGUUUCAGUCUGGGUCAGUUCAGCACACUCAAUCCUUAUUCUGGCAGUUCUUCAGAGAAACUCCCUGCACCCUUAACUUCCCAGAUGACCUCAAGAGGUGUCUUCCAACCUCAGCCAUUCUGUGAUUCUUUGAUUUAAAAGUUAGAAUUUCAAUCAAAACCAUUAUCUCUUUCUUUCCUUUUAGAAAUGAGCAAUCUUCAAUUUACUGAAGAGAGCUGAGUUCUGCAUGCUUUUUCAUCUUGGCUUUCUUUGCCAUCCUGCUCCACUUUCAGGCACUGUACACUUGCAUAAAAGAUCUUUUAAGUGUAAUUAGGAGACCCGCUCUCUCUUCUCCUCUGGCUGUCAGAAGUGCAGUUUCUGGAGAUAGAGGUCUGUGGGUGGCUUUAAUUAGGACAGCAGAAACACAUGUAGCCCAAGUCGGCUGUUGUCCCCUUACUGUCAGUGGCUGGCUGGGAUGCAGCCAGUGAAGCGACAGCAUCGGCUUGCCCAGGAACAUGAGGCAGAGCCCUCAGCUUACAAAGUCUAGGAGAGUCCUGCCUGGCUCAGAGGUUUGCCAGCAAAGGCUCCUAAUCUCCAAAAUCUCUCUCGUAUUUUGCAUUCUCUACUUUUCAUCUUUAUUACUUGAAUGAGACCAUUUUCCUGGAGGGUGUCCUUCCUGCUAGGAAGAGACUAGCUGAUGAGGACACUUAUUUGACACAGUUUCAGAAACCCUGAGAAACACUAAGCAGUUGCUUGCAUUCUGCUAAACACCUUUUCUUGGAAUUAAAACUCUUCUCUCAACCCAAGCAAGGGCAGUCUUCGUUAUGAAAGGGAGCAAACAAAAAGUGGGAAACACAUGAUUGUCUGUGACACUGCCAGUCAUUUGCUUAUCUUCUUGUUGUCUCUUUGCAUUGUAAAACUGCAUUGAGCCAUUCCUCUUAUCAGGAGUGCAGUGUUUGAGGAACACUCACUCUUCAGCCCAGGGACAUCACAGAGGGAACGAAGCACACCAGUGGUUCAAUAUGCCUGGCCCCAGUACUAUCAGCUCCAGGGCUUGUUAAGUUCAGAGGUGUUUCUUUACACAAUGCUGUACUCAAAGGUUCCUCUGCAGUUCCCAUCUAAGGUCACUUGAGGCUACCCACGUGGUACAAUUACUCUUGUUCUCUUGUAUUAGACCAUAGUUAUCCUUAGCUCCUUAAUUGGAUACAUAGAAGAUAUAUUUCAGCUGAACUUCUCUUCCUGUUGGCAGAUCCUCCUUGUCCUUGCUCACACAGAACUCCCACUGAAGCUGAAGAAGCAUUCCUAUUGCAAUGGGUUUUUAAAUGCCAAUAACAUAUUGGGCUGUGGCAGUUACACUGGUGAACAGGGGUGAAGUUUCAGCAGGGUGAAGCUAAUUUAGAAAUGGCAUGUUGAGAAGAACAAAGCCAGAGGAUACGAACAGCUUUACUCCUCCACAGCCUACAUAUUCAUGCUUAAUACUUGGCUUCUUAUUCCUUCAUAUUGAGGCAACUGUAAGACUGACUGUUUUAAGAAUUACUCUGACAUAGCUUUAAAUAGAUUGCCAAGACUUUCAUACUGUAAUCAUGGAGAUAAUAGAUAUAUUUCUACAUAUGUAUUGAAAAUUCCCAAGACAAACUUUGCAGAUUCUAUUUAGCGAUUCUUCCCAGUUUUAUUGUGCCAUAGUUUGACACUGACACCUGUAAGUUUUCAUCUUGCUCCCAUGCUAACGUUGGGAGCUGGUCUGGAAGAAGCAGAUCAAUGCAAACAUUAAGUGCAAAGCUCAGUGGCAGGUGCCUUGUUCUCGCUGCUUGGGUUCUGAAAACAGAUGGACUCUUGUACUCAACAGCAGCAUAACCAUGUUCCUCCCAGGUACUUCUUCCGCCUUUUAUCCAUGCUUGCUCCUUUUGUGGCCUUGGGUAAGUCACAUUUUUUUUGCAGCCAGAUCCUCAUCUGAUGUAAAUAGGCAUGAGUGUAGGAGGGCCAGCGCUCUGCCAGGUUAUAACAGCCAGGACCAGGACCUGUGUGUCUGUUCUCAUCCCAUUUUGAAAAUUGUGGUAUUAGCACUUACCUACCUCACACGGAUGCUGUAAGGAUUAAUGCUUAUACGGCACUCGGAAGAUGUAAAGUGCUAUAUGUCUCAAAUAUUAAUGUACUGUAGCGAUAAAAAUACUUCUAGGUAUCUGCAGAACUUCUCUUAGAGCAUGGAAUGUGUUACUGCCUUUUUGAUUUGCAUUAGACUGAAAGCAAAUGAAAAAUAUUUAUUCAUACUGUCUAACAGGAUAGGCUCAUCUACACUUGAACUCUGUGGAGGUUUUAGCUUAAAAGUCUGAACUCUAAUCUCAGUUUUGCAAACAGUUUUUAGUUUAUCUAAAAGCCUCAACCAAAUUCUUAGAUGUGAACCGUGCAUCCAAAUUUUGCAGUCUAGUCUCAUUCCUGUCUGUUAGCUAGAAUGAAUCUAAUCCAGCCAAAACACAGUGCUCUUACAGUCUGCUAUGGGUGCUGAAAAGACUGGAACAUAAAACAAAGUCAUUCAGGUUCAACAUUCAUCCUGCAAAAGGUCAGCUAGGUUUCAAGAGACAACUUAAAAAGGGAUGUUUAAUUCUGUGAUUCUAAGUUUACUGGCUUUAAUAUCAGCAGAGAGGGAAGGCCUUGAUAGAAUCAUAAGGUCAACACAUCCUUCUUGAAUUAUUUCCUUUUAACCUGAAUCAAAGUAGUAGCAAGUUCUAUAGCGACAGAAGUACUUGUACCACCAAUCCGAGGGCCCAGAACAAAAAUACAUCUAGAAAUACAGCUCUAAACCAUCACCAUGUACUCAAUGACUAUAAAAAUGCCACAGUUCACUGGAUUCGAAUCUGGACCACAGCUAGAAGCGACUUGGUUCUGGUAGCACUAGCUGCUGUAUAACACAAACGGAGGCGAGAAACUAUCAAGGAAUGUGAACUGUGUACAUGUGAAAUGGACCAUACUUUUGAAGCAGCUGCAGUAAAAUCUUAUCUUAAUAUGAACUCAGAAGCAAACACAAUGCAAAUUUUUAUUGUUUCUUUACAAUGUGUGAUGAAUUUUAGUUUUCUUAGUUUGGAGGAAAUCUUCUUAAUGUUAUUUUAUUUUUGCUCUUAUUGUAAAGAAUAAAAAUAUAUGACUCUAGAUAGAUCACAAACUUUAAAAAGUGGCCAGUUGGCAGGAAUGCCAAAAUUUCUGUGGCUUGUACUGUUUUUGUGGUGACACUAUGCUGCUGUAGGAUGAGCUACUGGAGUGGUAUGAGGCUCAAAAGGAAGGCUGAAGCACAAGGCCCACUGCAGACUCCCACAGUCAGUCUCAUGCCAGAGGGAUGCAGGGACCAAGCUGCCAAGAUUGCAGUGGGAGCAGCGGCUGGUCCCAUUUGGAUCAGUUAAAAGACAGACAACAUCAAGAAAUAGAAGAAAUCUUUUCCUGACAGCCAAAAAUCAAGAAAUCAAAUCCAGCCCAUUGCGUGAGAGCACGGAGUCAGUACAAACACAUGGACUUAGACAUUGCUCUUGCAGGCUUCUGCUGGACCAAACCUCAUUCCUAGUUCAGCAGGGAAGUCUUGCUGCAGCCCUACUGCGUGGGCAGGGCGAGGCCAGCAGAAAAUUUUAAAAAAAGAAUAAAUUUGAAAACAAAGAAACCAACCCAAUCAACCAACCAAAAAAAAAAAAAGAACCAAACCAAAAACCAAAACAAGAAAACAGAUGCCAUUGGGUAAGCAGUAGUUCUGCCUUGCUGAGACCACAGGAGUGAUCGGUCUCUCCUGAAUACUAAGUCCACGUCUUGCACCAUGCGAGCCUCUCACUCCGGCCCCUCUCCCACGUGUUCCAGACAGAGUGUGCCGAAAGAUGUGACCGAAGCAGCUGCUCUCCCCAAGGAGUCAGCAUUUUGCCAUGUGUGAAAGUCUCCAGCACUUACUUCCUUUACCAUGAUUGUAAAGGUCACCACAGGCAGUACGGCCACUUGAUCUGGGAUCUUAAUGUAUUUUUAUGCUGAUUUUACUGUUUUAAUUGUUUGGAAUGUAUUUUUUUUUCUCUUUUCUUCUGCGUGUAACAACAAUUAAAAAUAUUAAUUUACUGGGUA